AUGGAAGUACAACCAGAAUCUGCUAAAAGUGCAACUGGAAACUUACCAUUGUACGCAAAAUUUACAUGUGAUGUGCAGUUAAAAGACACAAUUAGAACACUUACGUGCUUUGUUACAAUAAUCGAUUUGAACGUAUUCGGAUUGGACUGGAUAACUGCUUUUCAACUUAGCGAUAUGACGCUUAAUGCUAUUUGCAGCCAAAUUUCAACUACAAAAGAGGCAAGUAAUGUUUCAAUAAAGUCGUCGAAUUGCAAAUUUCUUCCGGAAAAAUUAUUUCCAGAACUUUUCGAUAAUGCUAUGGGUCUUUGUAAUAAAACUAAGGCACAUUUAAUUAUUAAACCAAACUGUCAACCUGUUUUUCGACCUAAGCGCCCGGUAGCAUACGCAGUUCAACAUUUGGUUGAAGAAGAAAUUAAGCGACUUCAAGAUCUCGACAUUAUCGCACCCAUCAAUUACUCUGACUGGGCCGCACCAAUCGUAGUUAUCAAAAAGCCAAAUGGUAGCAUUCGUAUUUGCGCUGAUUUCUCAACUGGUCUUAACGACGCGCUUGAAUCUUACAAAUAUCCACUACCGCUUCCAGAGGAUAUUUUUGCAAAAAUUAGCAAUGCAACAGUAUUUAGUCAUAUAGACCUUUCGGACGCUUUUCUCCAAAUCGAAGUUGAUAGCAAAUCGCAAGAACUUCUCACAAUAAACACGCAUCUAGGUUUAUUCAAAUACAAGCGUAUGGUUUUUGGCGUCAAAACUUUUCCGGCAAUUUUUCAACAAAUUAUGGAUAAAAUGCUUGCGGGCUUAGAUUGCGUAGCUGCUUACAUUGACGAUAUCUUUGUCUCAGGUAGAAACCAACAAGAGCAUGACAACAACUUACAUGAAGUUCUACAACGUAUUUAUCAAUACGGGUUUAAACUCAAGAUCGCAAAAUGCAAUUUUUCAGUUCCUGAAAUUGCUUACUUGGGAUAUAUUGUCAGUAAAGACGGCAUUCGCCCAGAUCCAAAAAACAUUGAAGCAAUCAAGACAAUGCCUGCGCCAACCAAUCAAUCCGAACUUAGAUCACUUUUAGGUGCUAUCAAUUUUUAUGGAAAAUUCAUAAAUCACAUGCGCAAAUACCGAGGACCAUUAGACGAACUACUUCAAAACAACAAGCAGUGGCAAUGGACGGAACUUCAUCAACGCUGUUUGGAUGGUUUCAAGCAAAUUUUGUCAUCAGAGUUAUUAUUAGCGCAUUACGAUCCACUAAAAAACAUAGUAGUCGCUGCAGAUGCAUCUAACUAUGGGCUCGGAGCUUGCAUUUUUCAUGAAGCUGACGACGGUUCAAUGAAAGUAAUAUGUCAUGCGUCCAGAUCACUAACGCCCACAGAAAAACAAUAUAGCCAAAUAGAAAAAGAAGCUCUUGCGCUUAUUUUCGCGGUUACGAAAUUUCACAGAAUGGUUUUUGGGAGAAGAUUCAAACUUCAAACAGAUCAUAAGCCUCUUCUAGCUAUAUUUGGUGAUAAAACGGGAAUUAAGGUGCAUCAAGCAAAUAGACUUCAACGUUGGGCAAUUAAACUGAUUGCAUACGACUUCGAAUUAAAGUUUAUUUCAACUAACAGUUUUGGGUAUGCAGACGUUUUAUCACGACUCAUACAUAACACAAUCAAUCCUUCAGAAGACUAUGUCAUCGCUGCAGUAGAGUUUGAAAUUGAAAGUAAACAAAUUUUACAUAACUCACUUGAUAAGCUGCCGCUUACCAGCAAAAUGAUUACUUACGAAACAGCUAAGGACAAGGUUUUAGCUAAAAUUCUCGAAUAUGUUACUGAAGGAUGGCCAUCAAACUGCAACAACAGUGAGUUAAAAGCUUACUUUAACCGAAAAAACGACAUAUGUAUAGUUGACGGAUGUUUAAUGUUCGGACAACGCAUUAUUAUACCUCAAAUUUUCCGAAAGCGCAUUCUUAAAGAAAUUCACCGAGGUCAUCAAGGCAUAGGUCGCACUAAAGCCAUCGCACGGAACUACGUUUAUUGGUCAAAUAUCGAUCACGAUAUUGAAGCAAUGGUGAAAAGUUGUUCAAAUUGUGCCGCAGCAGCUAAAAUGCCCACAAAAACAACUUUACAUCCUUGGCCAAAACCUUCUGAUUCUUGGGAACGGCUGCAUAUUGAUUAUGCAGGACCAAUAGAUUCAUACUACUAUUUGGUCGUAAUCGAUGCGUUCUCAAAAUGGCCAGAAAUUAUACAAACAAAAUCUAUAACAGCAACUCAAACAAUUUCCAGCUUGAAAGAAAUUUUCGCUAGAUUUGGGUUACCGAAGACAAUAGUUUCAGACAAUGGUACUCAAUUUGUGAGUCACCAAUUUCAACAGUUUUUAGCGGAAAACGGUAUUAGUCAUAUACGAAGCAGUCCGUACUAUCCCAUGUCAAAUGGACAAGCCGAAAGGUUUGUGGAUACUUUAAAGCGAGCACUAAAAAAGUUAAAUGGGAAGGGGGUAACUGCUGAAAAUCUUCAAACAUUUCUACAAGUUUACCGAUCAACUCCGAAUAAGCAAAAUGAGGACAGUAAAUCGCCAGCUGAAGUUUUACUAAAAAGAAAAAUCCGUAUUAAACUUGACUUGAUUAAACCAACGCUGGUGUCAGACCCAAAUGUCAAGUUUAAAAACAAGUGCGAUACACAACUCAAAAUGAAAGCGCAAUUUGACAAAAGGCAUGGUGCAAAGCCAAAGUUUUACGAAAAACAAGAGCUCGUUUAUGUCAACAUAUUCAAAAACAAACACUUUGAAUGGACAAAAGGUAAAAUAAUCGAACGCAUAGGUAACGUCAUUUAUAAUGUUCGCUUACAAAAUGGCAAACUUAUUCGUGCACAUGCCAAUCAAAUUCGUGACCGAAAAGAUCAAGGAAAUGAGUUAUCUUUAGAAAUAUGUACUUCCGAAGAUAUCGCCAACGAAAAGUGUUUAGUUGAUGCAUUUGGCCUCUACGAAACAACACCUAAAGAUGUGGUCGAAAUAACUAACAACAACAUGGUUUCGACUCCAGAUCAAUCUUUCAACGAAGUAACCGAGAUUGCAAUCCCUCAAACUGAGAAGCACAAUGAGGCAGUUGUUCCGUAUACACGACCAAGGCGUACUAGACAUCCUAUUGACCGUUAUAGACCCUAG